AGCAGUAGUUGUUUCAUACCAGAACCUCCAUGACAGUCAUGCUAAAAGUCGCGUAGACGCCGCAGUGGUCAGGAAAGAGUGGAUGAGAUUUCUGUUUUUAUAACGCGUGUUUUCUUAUAAGGGAAGAAAACUAAUUCAGUGACAGAAUGACUGUCACCGAACUUGGCAAUCAACAAGAAUACGACGAUUACGUUAAGUCACAGGACCUUUCUGUUAUACACUUCCAUGCACCAUGGGCUGAUCAGUGUUCUCAAAUAAAUGAUGUAAUAGGGGAAAUGAGCAAACUGCCCGAGUAUAAAGGGGUCAAGUUUGCCAAGAUCGAAGCUGAAAAAGUACCUGAAGUGUCUAUGAAAGCUGGUAUCACAGCAGUGCCAACAGUAAUUCUAGCAAAAAAUGAUACUAUAGUCGAUAGAAUUGAUGGAGCCAAUCCUUCUGCUAUAACAGAGAAAGUAAAACGUCAUUCGGCUAGCAAAGACUCAUUUCCAGUGGAAGCAUGUAAACCAAAACAGAACAUUGAAGAUAGGCUAAAAAAAUUAGUGAAUCAAGCACCCUGUAUGUUAUUUAUGAAAGGAAACCCUGCCAAUCCACGUUGUGGAUUCUCUAGAACAAUAGUUUCCAUCUUGGAUACUUGUAAAGCCGAUUAUCAGUCAUUUGAUAUUCUGCAAGAUAAUGAUGUUAGGGAAGGAUUAAAGAAAUUCAGUAAUUGGCCAACGUAUCCACAAUUAUAUGUAAAUGGGGAACUGAUCGGAGGAUUGGACAUUGUGAAGGAAAUGAACGAAGCUGGUGAAUUGGAGGGUAUGCUGCCUAAAAAAAGUUAAUGUACAAAAAAUACAUUAAGGACAGCUGAUCAUUAUUUUAAUAUUAUUAUUCUUAAAUUAUUUUGUAUCAGUUAUAGAAACAUUGAUUCGUUAAAAUACGUAAUAAAUUAAAUAAGUCGCAAAAGAGAAACGGUUUCUUUGUAAAUCCUGUUAUGUGAUGGAAAGAAUGCACAAAGUACACUUCUAUCGUAACAUCAUUUUAUUUUAGAAAAGUAUUCUAGUUGCUCAAAUGUAUAUAUUUAUUAACAAUAUAACACAGCAAUAUACAUUCACUGUGGAUUAACAGAACUAAAUCCACAUUUCAUUCUGUUCUAGCUUCACAGUUUUCAUAUACUCACGUACACUUCAUCACAAGCGCGAUCAUUUUUAGUUCUUCUUCCAUCUAGGGGUAUCAACAAAUAGUUUCUAUCCUUUCUUUCUGUUCUUUAUACCAAUUUGUGCACCCUUCUUUGCGCUUUUGACAAUACCGUGAAAUUUGCUUGCGUUCUUUUUCUUUUUCCUA